AUAAAAUUGUGCUAAGUUCAUGACGCUAGUGGUAAAAAUGGCUGACACAGUGCAACUAGAUGGGGUUGAGAAACGGAUUAGUGCAUUAGAAUCUAUCGUUUUUGGAAAUGCUGACAAAGAUGCCUUGUACCCUAAGGACAAACCUCCCAGAAUACAGUGCAUUGAAAGUCUACUGGCCUUGCAGACAAAGAUUCUUGCUUCAGUUGAUGGAAAGAAGAAAACUGAGCAAGUUUUUGCAAACUUGCCACAACUGCGCCAGUACAUGGAUCCAGCCUAUACUGAUGAACUGAUUCUUUCAGAUGAAGCAAAAAGUGAAAUUGUACUUGCUGAGGAAGAUUUUCUGAACCGUAUGGCCUCUCAGUUGCAAGUCAUUAAGGAAAAUGAGGGAGCCAUCAACAGUGAACAUGUACGAAAUGUACCAAAGCUAUCUGAAAAGUUGCAAGAGUUGAGCAAGAUUCAGAUUAAGCAGCAGGAUGAAACUGCUGAAGUGACUGAAGAAGCAGCAAAACUGAUUGACUCAUACAAUUCCACUAUUACUACCUUGUCAAAGAUUUUUAUUCAGUGGGAUGAGGAGCUAACCAGACUUGAGAUGGCUUCAAAACCUAAGAAAUCUGAUUCUUAACUGUUGAAUUAUUGUGGCCAAGAAGACAUUUUUUCUGCAUUUGGGGGUCGAGCUCUAUGAUUAUGUUUUGUGCUGCAGUCUUCAUUGUGAUCCCAGUUUUUAUUAUAAUUGUUUGUUUUCAUUGUAUUCUAUCAUUGGUCUGGCAUUUCCUACUUUCAUUUGUAUUUUUAGUUCAAGGCUUUUUCAUAGAAAAAUUAGCCUCAAGAAAAAAAUUAAUGCAAUGGAAGUAAAGCUGAGCAAAUAAGGAUGAACAGUACUAAUCAACAAGACUUCUGAAUUGAAUUGGCCACUGUAUAUGAAAAUAGCAUACGUUAUGGUUAGGCAUGUUAGGGAGUGAGCACGUAAAUCUGCAUGCAUGAAUAUAAGCUAGAGAAAAAGAUUCAGUGUAUCAAGCUCAAUUACUUGCUACACACAGCUUUUUAUUUAGGUAACUUGUGUGUUUAAUAAAGUGAGAAUGAGGCAUAAAUUAUUAUUACUGUAGAUCAUGAAUGUUUUGAAAACAAAAGUUUUAUCUUCAGAAAAUAAAUCUGUGCAAUGCUUG